GUCACCAUGAUUAGUUGUCAUUUAUGGCGGUUGUAACCGACACUAUUUUCCAGCGACAACGACGCCUUCUCACACCAUAAUGCCGGACCCGACAGUGCAACAGUUGAAUAGGCGGUGUCCAGCAAAAUGUCGUCUUUCCAUGAAACACGUUGGUGUUUUGUCCUCACGACUAGCUGAACACCGAUUGAUCCUGACUGGCUAAUAUUCGCCACCACAUGUGUUGUACACGGUGUGUGCCCACAUGGUAUAGUAAGGCAAUGACAAUCAGAACAGAACAGCCGGCCCGGCCAGAUUGUUAAGUGAGUCUUGCUGAAUUGGGAAAUCUAUUACUGAGAAAGCUGUUACGGCCUCAAGGACACAGCAACAAUAUCAAGUGUUAAGUGUCUACCGUCGAUGAUAAUGUGGGUCAGUGGAAUAGAACUCCUUGUCUGACCCAAACCGGACAGUGACUUCAAGUAUAAAGACUUGCCAACGAGAGGACCUGCUGCCCGUGCUGUUGCUCACUAUAGAAGGCUUGUGAAGUGAGAGAGUACUCAGUUGUAGCUUCGUGGAGACAUGAAGCGUUUCCUUGAAGCCAAAUGAAGAUAUUCGGACAGGCAAUCGGAGUAUGCAUCUGCUUUAUUGUUCUCUCUCACCUUGUGGUGGCUAAUUUUUUGUACACGGACUGCGGAGGUUUCCUGACAGAAGAGAGGGGGUUCAUAAAGUCCCCUAAAUUCCCCGACAGGUUCCCUACUCCUAUUUCGUGUCAUUGGGUCAUCCAAGCACCCCCGGAGAGAAAGAUCAUCCUGUACUUCACCCAGUAUUUUCUAAGAAGCGGUUUCUAUCUGUCAGAGUAUGACCAAUACGACAGCGAAGUGUCCUAUACCGGCAAGAACAACCUUGGGGAAAUCAACUUCGAGGACGAAUUCACCUCCUUGGUGGCAUACAAGCCCUUCGUGGUCAUUACCUUCAGCGUCCGUGACAACGGGAACAUCCACCUGAGGGUCGAGGACUACCUCCAGGACGUUUAUGGAUUUAACAUCACCUAUGAGGUUGUUGGGGUAGAGGAGAAGGUUGGCAGGGAUGCCUGCUCGGUGCAUGAGUGUUCGUACCUCGGGAACUGUGUGGCUAACUUCAACUACUCGGAAUAUAGGUGUGAUUGUUUUGAAGGAUUCUUUGGAAAUGAGUGCCAAUAUGGACCAUAUUGCGACCCCGACAAAGGCACGAAUAUGUGUGAAAACGGCGGACGAUGCAGAUACUUCUACGGUUCUCUGGUGAAUACAUGUGAGUGCCCGCCUGGUUAUGAAGGCAGCAAGUGUCACCUGAAGACUGACAGACCCUUCAAUAAAGUUGAAACCAUGCCCGAAGACUGUGAGAACCUCGGUUGCAGUCAACUGUGUGAACAGUCUCAAGAUGGAAGCUUUUAUUGUUCCUGUUUGGAAGGAUUUAAGUUGGAUACUGAUAACGCAACGUGCAUGGAGAAAGAAAUGUAUCGAAUUACUGUCAGCGUUCCAGUCAGAAAGGACGUGGUUAUUCCUGCAGGAUUUACAUCACCACAUGAGGAUGUAACGGCCAGAGUGAGAGGAAGGGUACUCUAUACCCUGGACCUCUCGGGAAUAAAAUCUGUUACAGAAUUUGGAUUUGAUGGCGUCAGAGAUCAAUCGGGUGAGAAGAUCAUGGUCUUCCACUUCUACGUUGAGAACGUUGAGUUGGAACUGGUGUACAGAGGUCUUCAGUUCUUGACCACUGGCGGUAGGCUAUUCGGUGUGGAUGUGGACACCGAUGCCAUGAAGUACCAGGCAGAUCCAGAGAUGAAACUGUUAGGGGUUGAACACUACGGACAGCGUCCAGCCGUCGAGGGCAACCUACUGACCAUUAUGUGUACAGCCCGCGGGUCAGGACAGAUGAAAUACCGUUGGUACAAGGACGGCUCCUUGCUGAACACCACGCUGAGUCAGAGGAAUGCGUGGGAAAUCCGAAUCCCUCGGACCAUCAGAAACAAGCAGAUCAGCGUACUAAACAUUGAUGGUGUAGAGUUUUAUGAUAAAGGUGAAUUUACCUGCGAAAUCGAGGAUUUUAAAGAGGUAGACAAUGCAUCUGUCAUCGUUGAUGUCAUCACGCUCCCUCUUUUGGAAAUGAGCCCUCUGGCGGUGUCACUAACGAAAGGGGGCGCUACAAGCUUCCGGUGUCUCUCCCCUGACGAUACGAUAGAGAAAGGCUCUUUCAGCUAUAAGUGGCUCAAGAACGACAACCAAAUACCACCUGAUUCUACCUCUGAAAUAAUAGAAGAUGUUUUUCCCACUGGGAGACGUCUCAACAUCAGAAAUGCACAACACAGCGCAAAUUACACAUGCAUCAUCACAAACCCAGCAGGAUCCACCAAUAAAACUGCUUUUCUCUUCGUCAAGGAACCAGAGGAUAUUCAAGGUUACUGUCUUCAAGAUAUUUACGAGGGCAUCACUUGGAAGAAAACCUUUGGAGGAUGUUUUGAUGUACAACGUUGUCCAACAGAUACCGGAGAUUUGCGAGUUAUAAAAGCGCUUGAUUUGGUUUGGUUGAACCGGUUGUACGGCAAGGGGUAUUCUAGACGUUCGUGUGAGUGUGUCGAGCAACGUUGCGAAUGGACGAAGCCAAACUUUGUCAAAUGCCAGUCUGGACAUCUGAUUAUAACAUAUGAUAGGCUGGAGAAGAUCAAGCUGGGCUACCAACACGAUAAGAUGGCCUCCAUAUGGGAGGACCUGUAUGGUUUGAUCAGACAGGCGAGAGGGAAGUUGUAUGCCGGCGAUGUUGAUGUCUCCUCCUCAAUUCUUCACACGUUUGUCAAGACUCUGGCACAAUAUCCAUCGCUUGCUCCCCAGAACGGAUCGUACUCUUUAACGAGUCUUCUUGAUCUCACGAACAUCUUAAUGGCAGAGGCUCUCCUUACAACAAGUGAUGAAAAACAGUCCCUCUAUGUUGGACCUAAGGUGAUGCAGAUUAUGGAGAUGCUUUGUGGUCUUCAUCUCAGAAAUUUCAAUUUCUCAAUUGGACUACGUAUUACUACUGAAAAAAUCGUGGCGCUGGUGGAGGAUGUUCGGAUAGUCCCUCCCAACGCAAGUCUACCCAAGUUGGCGUACGAUGCCGAGAAACCAAGCUCUACCCUGACCCGUGGCUCUCGAUCAAGAAGAGAGAAGGUUUCAAUAUCAAAAAAUGGUCAUUCAGACCACUCUGAUGUUAUGUACAGCCACGAACCAAUGUUUAUAUGUCACUACGUAGAUAUGUAUUCGUUGUUACAUGACAACUAUGCAGAGAAGAUAUAUGAUCCCGAUUUCAUAACGAAUAUUCGUUCGGUGUUUCCCCUUGACAACUUCUUUCUUCAGAAGGUUAGGAAAGCUGAAAUAGUAUUUCACCAUCCACGAUCUGUGAUACUUCAAGGAUCAAACGAAACUUCGUGCAUUUCAUGGAGAACGAUUCGCAGAUUUGUUACGGACCACGAUAUAUUGAACGGUCAUUGGUCAGUUCAGGAUUGUGACGUCAUACAGCGGAAUACCACGUCCACAACAUGUUGGUGUGACGUCCCUGGCCAUUUUGCACUUGUGGUCAAACAAAUAAACGUUACGAUUCCUGUAAUUCCCGAUAGCUAUGAAGGGAUAUUGUUGGGUGGCUGUAUAGCGUCGAUGUGCGGUUUGGUGGCAACCCUCAUUGUGUAUCUGUUCACAUGGAGGCACUUAGUGGGAGAGACCCACUGUAUCCACAUCAACUUCGUGCUCAGUCUCACCAUCAUCAACGUCAUAUGCAUCGCUUGUCUUGGGAAGACCCAGAUUCAGGCUCUGUGUGCCGCUGGCAAGGUCCUCCUCCAGUUCUUCUACCUAGCUGCCUUCUCCUUCCUAUUCGUCGAGGCAGUCCACAUGUUUGUCACAGUCCACGCCCGCCGGAGUGUGUCUGGGGGAUUUCUCAAGUACUUCCUUAUUGGAUGGGGAAUACCUACUUUGGCAACCGGAAGUGUCGUGGUGGCGUCAGAGAGAUAUGGGUUACGACGAACGUUGUCAUGA